CUACCCGGAGUCGCGGCUGGGCAAGAUGUUCAACGGCACGAUCCCGAUCGUGUUGGACACGCUGAAGCAGCACUACUUCAUCGACCGCGACGGCGGCAUGUUCCGCCACAUUCUCAACUUCCUCCGCAAUAAGAAGCUGCUCCUGCCUGCUGACUUCCCAUUCUACGAGCUGCUGCUCCACGAGGCGCAUUACUUCGAGUUGGAUCAUAUGGUGUACGCUAUAACUAAGGCUAAGACGGAGUACGAGACCAUGAAGCACGACAGGGAGUGGCUGAGCCAGGCGACGGAGCGGCUGAAGCAAGAGACCGAGCUCUUCAUACAGGAGCGAGACCGACUGCAGCAACGGUGGUCCUGAACGAAGGAGUCAGGUUCGGGAGCUUCAGAUACGGUGAUGAAGAAACGUCGCUUAUAAGUCGUUAUCAUAUAUUAUAUUAUUUAAUAACAUUCCAAAGUGAAUAUUUUAGUUAUAAAGUAACUUCAAUUGUUAUGGGUCAGGAUUUCUCUUGUACCCUCAAUGCAUAGAUAAUAUAAUAUACAUAUUCUUUUAAAUAUCGCAACCAAAGUGUUAUCGUUUUUGUAAUUGGAAAUCUUGUUAGUUAUUGCGUUUGUUGUUUAAGCUUUUCAUAAAAUUGACGAUAAAUAUGACGUAGGUUAUCAUCAGAUUAUUUUAUAAUUAUAAUAUAACGAAAAAUAUCUAAAUAUAAAGACAUUCCAUUCUAAAAAGACGUUGAUUCAAAAUUGGAUUGUCAAAUAAAUAUCCCGUACACUCCCGAAUAACAAAAAAAUGAUGACUUGGAUUGAAAAUGGAAACUACUUUUACCUUUUAGCAUUUAAGUAAUUAUAAUCAAGAAUUAUAUUCAAUCAAUAUACAAUAAACUAGACUAAGGAUUUGGACAAUGCAUGCUGCAAAAUUGAGUACUGUUUAAGAUUUAUAAAUAUCAUGUAACCACAUAAUCAAUUCAUAAUUUAAAACGCAACAAAGCAUACCUCGAUACGUAAAAGGUAGUCAAGCUAUUCUUUUGUUUCCGUCUUCGUCUAAAACUGUCAUUUCUACAAGAGGUAUUCAAAUGUAUGGAAUUGACAUUUCUACAAAAGUCGCGUGACUUAGACGUGCCACUUCAAUACAUUGGCGAGAUUCGUUCGUUCAAUCCAGAGAACGAUAACUACAAUAUGAAAUGGUUAGUUCAAGAUCAUGUAACAUCGUAUAUUAGAUCGUUAUCUACAAAAUGAGGGCAAAAAUGUUUGAUCAGCAGAGACACAAGUAGAAAUGACACUUAUGUAAUUCUAUCUGUUAGUUACUCCUAGAAGCCUUUUUUUAGUUUUAGCUCUUGUUUUAGCUUUUAAGUGAUAGAUAGUUAUUUUUUUAAUAUUUUCUUAUUUUUUAAGUUAAGAAUACAGAACGCUGUAAAUAUGUUUUGGACCCUACCAUGACGAGAUUGAAAGUAAAAUUAUUUCGAUGUUAAAAGUAUAUAAUGCAUUUCUUCAGCAUUUAAAUAAUAUCUAAUAAUUGUUAAAAGAAUUAUAAGAUGGAAGCAGUCAUAAGUAGGCGUAAAAAUGAUUGAUAACAAAAUUUCUACUAAUUUAAAAAAGUACGGCUUGACCCGAUUAAUUAAAUGAUCGAUGAUAGGAAAAUCAAAUUACCAAUUCAAAUGCAUAUCCUUAUAGCUCUUGAAAAAAUAAAACACCUUGUAAAUAAAGCGGUAGAUUUUGUCCCAGACAAAAGAGACCUAGUCCAAAAAGUUUCCAAUUCACCAUCUUUAUAGGAACCUUGUAUUAUAUAAGUCGUUAUAUUUUUUCAGUGGGUCUAAUCAUUUGAAGCAACGUUAACACAUAGAAUAUGCAACGUUUAGUGAGCUUAUAACAUUUAGAUCUAGGAGUUUUGUAUUAAGUGAAGUUGGUAAAGUUUUAAAAGGCAAAUCCUGUUUAAUGAGUUGGACUGUUUAAAGCUAGAAAAAAAAUGUGAAUAAAAAAAAAUAGCAAUUAGUGACGUCACGCGAACUAUUCGUGUAAUACAUGUUUGUGUCUGUAGUAUUAAAUAUUAGUAGCAUUUUCCACGGAUAUAUACUCCAACCAUUAAAAAGGUUUUGUAUUCUGGCAGGCCGAAUAACAGGGUCCAAGAAGAGAGAGUAGCAAAGCAGAGGAAGGAACAUAAUGAUCUCAUAGUUUUAAGUUAACCAUCUAAUUUUUAGAUAGAGAUACGCAUUUACUAAAUGUCACCUGAGAAGCGUACGAAAUAUGCAACAUGAGCACAUCUUUUUUAUUAAGAUAAGUUUAAGUUUAGUUGUAAGCCGUGAUACCACAAAAAAUUCUUACAUUCAAUCAUAUUGCUAUCUGUGGCUAUCAAUUUUAAAAGAAAAAGAAGCUGACAAUUUCAAAAUUCAAAUUGAAUUAAAUUAUUUUUAAGUUAGAAUAAGGCAAGCAUCGAAAAAAUAAUUUUAAUACUAUAAAACUCGGUCAAUGUUUUAGGAAAAUUAAACUUUUGAGUUACUAUCGGUUUAAAAAAAAUUGUAGGCAUAGUGUAAAAUGAUAUUCAAAAUUACUUUAGUUAAGUUUCAUGAUAUUUAGUGUUUAGUCGUUGACGCAGAAGUCUUAAAAGCAGAACUAUUACCGCUGUGAAAGCAAGAAGACGCUAUUAAAAACUAAGAAAUUGUAUAGAAUAAAUACUUUUUAAAUUUCGAAUUGUAUCUCAUCAGUGUGCUGUAUACGAGUUUGUGAGUGUGUGUGAGAUGUGAGCUAGUUUUGAAAAAACUUUGAAAAUUAGAGUAAUUUUUAUUUCUAUAGAACUAAUGUUAUAAGUUAAAUGUACAUUUUUUAAUGUACCAGUUGAAAUGUGAAAGCUUUAAUUUGUAGUGUCCCUAGUGAUUUCCAUCCUAUAGAGGUGUGCGUUGUUGUGGUUCAUUUAAAGUAAAAAAAAAAUAUCAUUAAGAAAGCGUAUUGUUAAAUCCGAAGUAACAUUUGAUUUAAGUGAUUAGAGGAAAUGUUUUCAGAUGAUCUGCAAUUACUAGUUUAGAACUUACCGGUGUCUAGGAGCCUAGCUAUUCCAGUCACUCGGGAUUUUGUCUCUGGAUUUAAAUUUCCAGUUUAGUACAUCCUUAUAGCAAUUAAGAUAAAGUUUAAGAUUUCAUUAUAAGUUCGUGCCACAUAGUGACACAAUUUUGUUUCUUUUUUCAUACAUUGUAUACUAUAUUCGAUAAUUAUAACCAUGUAAUCUAAAAUAAAACAAUAAUGCAUGU